GUGAAGUCUGCGCAAACUCCGCGCCAAAGUCUUUCACUUUUGACUAAUUAUACAUUCCACGACUGAGUAACUUGAAGCUACAGUCUUGUUUUAGCUUUUUCACGAGUUCUUGAUUUUGUUCUUACAAACAGUUCUCAUCUCUCUCAGCGGCAAUAUGUACAUCGUCUGGCAGAUUCGAGCAAAUGUGCUGAGCGCAACGAUACUUAAUCAGACGUAGUACUUCAGCCUACUACCAGAAACACUCAAAAGGUUUAGGGUCCGCGAUUGAGCAGCCCUACGGUGAUCCACGUCGGAGCUCGAAUCACGAUCACCCUGAGAAUGGGACUGAAAUUUACAGGACUAACAUCAGCGCCGCAGGGGGAAAUGGACGAUGAACUUGUCCUGAACAUUGCAGAGGAUGCAUCUGCAGGACCCACAGAGCUGGCAUCAAAAAAGUCUGGUCGCUGGACGGAUAAGCUGAAGGCUAAACGAGUCCAGAAACGAAGGACUAACCAUCAUGCUGGCGGCGACGAUGAUGACCAUUCUCGUCCUGUAAAGCGGAUGCGACCUGACAUACCUUUGCCUGAUACCAAAGUAGCUUCUGCAGCGGACCGUCCGGCACUUCCAGCUAAGCCUUCGACUCAAAUAAUCUCCUCUCUGUUCUCGUACAACCCCAAAGUCGAAGCUCCUAUAUCCUCCGCUGUACAAAAAGCACCCUCUAAACCAAGUAACGCGCCAUUGACUAGCUCAGCCACAUUUGCAGACCUAGGUCUCCACCCUCUCCUCGUCGCUCACCUACAAUCCAAGAUGAAUAUCACGAAGCCGACAUCUAUUCAACAUACUGCCCUUCCGAUAUUCACGAAUCCCUCUUCUGAGGACAUGAAUGCACGCGACGUAUUUAUACAAUCGCAAACCGGCUCCGGAAAGACCAUGUCGUUCCUCCUACCUAUAAUCCACGAUCUUCUCCCCCUCAGUACACACUCCUGGAUCGACCGCUCGAUAGGAACGCUCGCCAUUAUCAUCGUACCUACUCGUGAACUAGCUAAGCAAAUUUCCGACGUUUUAGAAGCACUAUUGACGCUUCAGCUACGUACCCGGUGGUUAGUUUCCGGUUUGCUGAGUGGAGGCGCAACUCGUGCGCACGAGAAGGCGCGUCUACGGAAAGGUGUUCCGAUUGUUGUCUCCACCCCAGGUCGCCUAUUAGAUCAUUUACAAAACACAUCUUCUUUCGACGUUGGAAAAUGUAGAUGGUUGGUUCGGGACGAGGCGGACCGCUUGAUGGAGCUCGGGUUUGAGGACACUAUCAAAGGGAUUGUACAGAGUCUGGAUGGGAGGAGGAAGCUCGCGCUCCAAGCUGUCCCGGAUUGGGAUUGGGAUCGGCAGAGACGGACAAUUCUUUUUUCGGCUACUAUCCGUGAAGAUGUACAGAAACUCGCAGGCACCACUUUAAUCCGACCGCUACUACCACCGCCACCGAGAAAUUCACUCCCCCGUCACAACUCUCCCCAAAAAUAUGUUAUUGUUCCCCUCAAAAUGCGUCUUGUCGCACUUCUUCGCUCAUUGCUAGCUCAGACACAAGGACAAAAAGGGUCGAAAAUUUUUGUAUUCCUCAGUUGUAUACACUCCGUCGAUUUUCACUGGCGCCUGCUAGGCGAUUCAUCUAUGGAUAGCGAGAAGACGGAAAGUUCUGUGCCUAGCGAAGACAAAAGUGACGACGAAGAUAGCAAGGCAGAUGAAAAGGAAAGCAAAAUCGCUGCGAAGUCUUCGCUCCUUCCAGGCGCUUCGAUCUUCCGUCUUCACGGCUCCCUUCCUACACCAAUUCGUCUAGCCUCUCUACGGGAAUUCUCCGCCAUUUCUUCCUCAAAGUCCAAGAUACCUGCGCCCGCGUCCUCUAUUCUCCUUUGCACGUCUGUGGCAUCCCAAGGUCUCGACCUACCCCUUGUUCGCGCAGUCGUACAGCACGACCUGCCCACCGAAGGCGGUGCGACUGAGUACGUGCACAGGGUCGGACGGACAGCUCGUGCAGGUAACGGUGGUGAAGCUUGGAGUAUCGUCGCGCCCAACGAAUCUGAAUGGGUGAGAUGGGUGGAGGAGAAGAUGAGGGGCGAUGUGACGGGAGAAAAGUCCGACGGUGACAAGGUCAACGUCACUCUUGAAGGGGCAAGCAUCGAGAGUUACGAGGCGCGCGCGACAGAAGUGCAACUUUCUUUUGAGCGGUGGGUUUUGCAACGCAAAGAGAACGCUGAACUUGCUCGAAGAGCAUUUACCUCUUACAUGAGGGCUUAUGCGACCCAUCCUUUGAACGAGAAGCAAAUAUUCCAUAUCCGACAUCUUCACAUUGGUCAUCUGGCAAAAGCAUUUGCGCUGCGUGAGGCGCCAAACUCGAUUACUGACCGGAAGAAUAAAUUCACUAGCGUAUCCAAAGGUCGCGGCUCGCGUCCCGCUAAAUCUACAACGCAGUAUGAUAUUGGCGAUGCAGGGCAACGGAUGCAAGACAUUGUCCGUGCGCAGGGCCGGCUGUCGAAGAAGGGUGACAAGAUGAUUAGCAGUGGGACUAACGAAUUUCAAAUUGCAACAGGCGAUUCACUUAUCCAUGGCUAUCGGUUGUAGUCGGGCAGUAGGGCUUGUCACUUGUAUGUCACACCAGGUUUCCGAGUCGACAUCACACGUUGCCGAAACGUUCGUGCUCGUUGUGAGCAACGGUGAGCUCGACUACUGCAGCACUACUUCGUGCUACCCGUUGUCCAGCGUCCGACGGCAGAUUCGCGUCGACGCCAUAUGCGCUCCACUUAAGCCCAAGGUUUUGCCAUGGUACUCAUUGACAACUCCAAUUGUACACAGCUUUUAAAAGAGUGCGGAAUGUGAUCACCUUGUACUGUAACACGUGCAAACGCCUACAACGCGUCUGGCAGCUGCAGCGCUGAAGUGCGGGAGUAUGUGAUGUCAUGACGGCAAAUUGAACCGUCACCAAAGAUGCACCAUACCGG